CGCUGCCUCUUGCCCCAAGCUCGUGACCCGGGCCGCUUCCUCCGCUAUCAUCACCCUCGGCGGGAUGGCUGCGCCGAGCUGGCCGAGCUGGCCGAGCUGGCCUCUGCUGGCCGCGCUGCUGUGGGUCCCUGCCGGCGCCUUGAGCUGCUACGGAGACUCGGGACAGCCGGUGGAUUGGUUCGCGGUCUACAAGCUGCCGGCCAACAGCGGUCCCGGGAAGGCGGCGUCCGGCAGCGGGCUGCGCUACAAGUACCUGGACCAGAAUUCUGGAGGGUGGCAGGACGGCGUGGGCUCCAUCAACAGCUCGGCAGGGGCCGUGGGCCGCAGCCUGCUGCCGCUAUACCGGAGCGGCAACAACAGCCAGCUCGCCUUCCUGUUGUAUAAUGACCAGCCGCCCAAAGCCUGGGGCCCCGGGGAGGCAGCGUCUGGCAGCGGGCUGCCAUGCAAGUACCUGGACCAGAGCUCUGGAGGGUUUUCCUCCAGCCGGGGACAUGCCAAGGGUGUCCUGCUCCUGGACGAGGAGGGGGGCUUGUGGCUGGUACACAGUGUGCCCCGUUUCCCUGCACCUGCCUCCUCUGCCGCCUACAGCUGGCCCCCCAGCGCACAGACCUAUGGGCAGACACUUCUCUGCGUGUCCUUCCCCAUCACGCAGUUUGACAGCAUUGGCAGGCAGCUGACCUACACCUACCCGCUGGUCUAUGACCACAAGCUGGAUGGGGUCUUUGCCCAGAAAUUCCCCGCCCUGGAGGAGGUGGUCCGAGGCCAGCACGUGAGCCGGGAGCCCUGGAAGAGCAGAGUAACCCUCACCUCGCAGGCAGGGUUGGCUUUUGAGAGCUUCACCAAGUCAGGACAUUUUGGAGAUGACCUGUACUCCGGCUGGCUGGCCGCAGCCCUGGGAAGCGACCUGUAUGUCCAGUUCUGGCCACACUCGCCGGGUCUCCUGCCCUCCAACUGCUCGGGGCCACAGCAAGUGCUGAAUGUCAUGCAGACAGCCUUCCCCGGGCCGGCCGGCCCCUCCUUCCGGGAUACCGAGGACCACUCCAAGUGGUGCGUGGCGCCCAAGGGACCCUGGGCCUGUGUGGGCGACAUGAACCGCAACCAUGGCGAGGAGCACCGGGGUGGUGGCACCCUGUGCAGCCAGGAGCCAGCGCUCUGGAAGGCUUUCCAGCCACUGGUCAAGGCCUGGAAGCCGUGUGCGGAAGAGAGCGAGAGGAGGGGCUGGCGCCAGAAAGCCCCUGCACUCUACCCUGGAGCGUAGAAGCAGCUGAGCAACCGGCUUGGACUUGAUUUUCGACCCAGCUCAGGCUGCCUAAUUGUAUGACAGUAAUUAUACUGUGUGGGACUCUGUCUACCCAUCUGCAUAAUGGGAAUGACAGCAUGCAAUUCAGGUUUGUGGGACAGUGAAAUAAACUUGGUGGAUGAAGUUGCUAACCUGGUUUGAGGCCGGGGAAGGCCACUGACACACCCA